GAUCCCUAGUAACAGCAUCAGCCACUUAUUGGAUGGGUCUGCGCUUCUUUCACCUUUCUCACUCGAAUCGUCACUUUGGCUGAAGCCUCUUGAGUACAGCAUGUCCGGCCAAGAGGCUCGCGGAGAUCCACUAAACCAAGGAUUACCACCAGAACUCGUCGACAACAUGAUACAGUUCUGCAGCGACGACAGGGACACUCUCUGCUCUCUCAGUCUCGUCUGCAAGUCCUGGCUACCGCUGGUCCAAUCCUAUCUAUUUGACCGGAUAUGUAUCAAACCUCUGCCCGAAAAUGAGAGAUGUGACAGCGUCCUCAAGACUCUUACAAUUUAUUACAUUCAGCAUGUCGUCCUCAAUCUCGGGCCCCAACGUGAAUUCACGGGAAAUGAAGAAGGCGAAGUUCGAUACCUUCUCGAGGUAGUCGACCGAUUAAAGGACUCGAAAGUGUUGAAGAGCUUAUCAAUCUGGAUUUACCAUCGACCAAACUUUACACCGUACCGACAGCUCCUCGAGAAGCUCUCGUCAGGCUCCUUCAGAACUAUCCUCGAACUGAAGAUAUAUUUUGGGGACCUGCAGGAUAUCGUGAUUGCAGACAUCAUUCGCUUCAUAUGUUCAUUCCCCCGACUCCAGGCCCUGUGCGGGGAAUUCUUUUCGUUAGUCGCACCCUCGAACAUGGUGGACUCGGUGACACCCGUAGUACAAUACACGCUCCCAACUUCACUCAAUGCGCUUCGCGUUUGGGUUCCCUCCACGUCGGAUGCUACUGAUGAUCUCGACAAAUGGUUCUCAUCGCAAUCUCCGCGCGCUGUCUCAGAGCUUUCCAUUUCAAUGACUCCGUCGCUGAAAUUUCCAUUUUACGCUGCCUCGUGUUCGAGAUGCUUGAGAACUCUCACCCUUCUUCUCUACCCUGACUCACAGUCCCCAGGACCGUACGGUAUGCCCCUCUCUUGGUUUACAUGGGAUUUCUGACGUACAGUGGUGACCUUCUGUCGCAUGCACGCAAUUGAAAACAGAUUAUGACCUUUUAUCAUUCAAACUCCUUGAAUCGCUGACUAUCGUCAGUCCUUCCAAACAUCAUCACUUUGUCACCAUCCAUCGGAUGCUGGAGACAAUCUCCUCUUCUCCUCGCUUUCGCAGGUUGAAGUUAAUCAACGUUUCCGUCUUCGAUACAACAUUCCGAGAGCAGCUCAGGACAUUAGACAAUAUUCUUGCGACAGAAAAGUUCAAAGAUACCGUCGUCGAGAUCGAUUUCUUGAACAUACUUUGCAAAGAAUUGGAACCUUGCGAGCAGGAAGUCAGAAGUUGCCUUCGAAAGUGUUUUAUGCAGGGGCGGUUGGAGGUAUUGGCGCAGGAGAUAACGAUAUCAAAUGGUAGGGCGAGGAAGAACCAGUGGUGGAAUGGUCCUGUGUGCUUGUAACAUACGGUUUCUUCAUUUAAUGAUGACGGGAAAGGCAUUAUUGAC